UCCUAAAUUUCUUUUUUCAAGUACAUAUUUUAAUAUUCGUUACUAUUUUAUGGGGAUUUUUGAUUAUAUGUCUAGUUAAUUCAUUCACUAAAUGCCGCCAGUUAAAAAACAACUUCCCAGACAGUCAACUCGUUUGGUUUCUCUACAUCCUCAAACUGGAAUUGAUGAAGCUGCCAGAAGGAGACGGAUACAACGACAUUUAGAAACUUUGGAAAAGGACAACUUUCAAGACGACCCACAUGCAAAUAUUGUUUGGAACAAAUCUGCCCCAAAAUUUGAUGACGAACUAAUUUUCUCUCGUUCUGACGAAACCAAAAAACGGAAGAAGAAAAGUAAUGAUCCUCCAAGUAAAAUAAGUGCUCCAGAACAUGCUACUAAAAAAGGAAAGAAAUUGGUUGCGUCGUUGACGAAGACGAGGUUUAGGAAAACCUUUACUCAAUUGUUUAUCGAGUCUGAGAAAAAAUGGGAAGAGGACAAAGCUUCUACGUCCUCCACAACACCUUCAACUUCUCAAAUUUCUGGAUCAACAUCAAUAGCUUCAUCAGUUCCGCCUUUUUUGACUUAUACACAGAUUACUGCCCCUCCCAGCUUGUUACCUCCACGCAAGUUUUGUGCUGUUUGUGGCCUAAAAUCGUGUUAUACUUGUGUUAAAUGUGGUGCUCAUUUUUGUUCAAUUCCUUGUAGGGAUACACACGUUGAUACGAGGUGUCUCAAAUGGACAGUCUAA